UGACCAAGCCGAGGGUGGGCGAAACGCAAAACGACGAUUCCAGAGAGUUUGUUCCUUCCCGAGGGUUCCUAACUCUAAGAAGACGCAACAUAUGGAAGGGUAGAUAAAGUCCGAGGGACGCGGGGAAAUUUCCACACACGGAACUCUCGACGGAGAGACACGCGUCAUCGCGCGCGCGCGCGCGCGCUCGCUGCGGAAAGAAAGAGAGAUACAAGUGAGAGGGUGCGGGGGUAGAGAACGCGAGAGGGUAUAGUGGGGGAGAGAGCCACGGUGCGUCGCGUUUCUAGGUGGCGGUGGUGGUAGAAGUUUGCGCGCUCGACUUCGGAUCGGUUCGGCUCGGCCGUCGUCGGUUCGGUGGUGUUCGUUCGCUUGAACGAGGGCGCGAGCGAGUGCUCUCUUCUCUUCUGUUGCGUCGCUCGCGUUGCGACGACGGUGAAGGGUACUACGAGUGGAAGACACGGCCGUGGCUAGGCGGGCGUAGGCGAGGUUCCGUGACGGCCGUUCGGUGGCGCGGCAGAAAUUCCCCGGCGCGGGUUGGACGACGAACGAGUGACGCGGUGGUGUGCGUGCGUCUUCUGUCUCGCUCGCGCGCGCGCAUGUGUGUGUACGUGUAUACGUGGUCGUCCGCGCGCACGUAUCUGCCCCGAGAGUCCGUCCGCGCCUCGACUUGCUGACAUGGCGUCCUAGUGCUGCGCACGGACCAACUUGCACGUCCUUUGGCGCGCCACUCCUUGGAAACAUCCGAUCUCUACCCCUAGAUUUUGUGCCUCGCCUCGUGUCGUCGUCGUCGCCGUCGAGUUCCGAGGAUGUCAAGGUCACGAGUAAGACGGACACGAUAAUUCUUGGCCGAUGAAGAGCAGAGCAGCACGAGGACGAGUAGUAGAAGGAGCAGCAGCACGAGCAAGAGCGAGUGGCUUCGUCAUCGUAGAAGGUGGUGGCGCAGUGGAGAAGCAAAAGAAGAAACGAGGACGAAGUGGCGGCGGCAGCAGCAGUGGCAACGGCGACAAUACGGCGACGAACAGCCAGGUCCCCCCAUGUUAGCGGACAUCAACGGCAACCUGGAUCUGAGAAGCGAAGCGAUGGCGUCGCAGAGGUUCUGUCUGCGCUGGAACAAUCACCAGAGCAAUCUGCUUUCCGUCUUCGACCAGCUGUUGCACGACGAGUCGUUCGUCGACGUCACGCUGGCCGUUGAGGGCCAAUUACUCAGGGCGCAUAAGAUGGUGCUGUCGGCAUGUAGCCCCUAUUUUCAGGCCUUGUUUGUUGGCCAUCCCGAUAAGCACCCGAUAGUCAUUCUCAAGGAUGUUCCGUACGUGGACAUGCGUAGCCUUCUGGACUUUAUGUACCGCGGCGAGGUAAGCGUCGACCAAGACCGACUGACCGCCUUUCUGCGAGUAGCCGAAUCCCUAAGGAUAAAAGGCUUGACCGAAGUGAACGAGGACAAAUGCGAUCUACCGAGCAUCACAUCCUCGCUAUUGGGUGGCGGUCAGAACGCGGUGGCGCCGCCACCACCCAAUCUUCACCGGAUCAAUCAAAUCGGUCAACAUCAUCAUCACGUCGCGCAGAAGAGGUUCCACCACAUGUCCAGCCAUCCGUUACUUGGCUCCGCGCUUACAGCGCCCAAGAGAAAACGUGGUAGGCCCAGGAAGUUGAGCGGCUCGUCGGACACGCCGAUUGGGGAAGUCGGCGGCCAAGACUUACAAUCGUGUUCGGGCGCCGAUCUGGUUCAAGGCUCGCCCGAAAUGAUGGAAAUGAAGAUGGGGCUGGACUUUCAGAGCGAGGUCAGCGGCAACGGGAACAUCAGGAGUGGCGCCAAUACCGCCAAUAGCGUUGCCGCCAAUUCAGCGGCCGCCAGCAAUUCCGCCGCCUCCUCGGGAUCGUCGUCGGCGAGAAGAGACGAGCCUACGGAGAACGGCACCGAUACGCCGGAACCGCCAGUCACGCGGGUUAAGCGGGAACCAGAACCGACCCCCAGCACCUCGGCGCAAGCCUCGGAUGAGACAUUCGCGCGGCCACACAGUAGACAGGGAAGUGAAGGUUUCAAGCAAGAAUUAGAGGAGACGUCGAGCGGUGGCGAUAGCGGUGAGCCGCCGACUCAUAUCCGCAUCAACUUUGAGCGAUGCUUUCGCAAGGAGUUCAGCACGUCGACGCUGCAAGGUAAGGCCGCGUCGACCGCCUCGGCGAUGGCCGACGAUCAGCAACAGCAACACUCGGAUACCGAAAUGGAGACGAAGACAAAGGACAGCAUAAGCAGUGCCAUAUUCAGUGUGAUGGCCGGCGAGGCGGAAAUCAGUCAGAGCGACUUUGAAGGCUCGUUCAAAGUUGAGAAUGAGCGCACGGAGGGCUCGGUGCGAGACUUUUGCGUGAAGGAGGGCGACGUUUAUCGCUGCACCGUAUGUCAUCGCACGUACACACACAUCAGCAACUUCUGCCGGCACUACGUCACCUCGCACAAGCCUAACGUCAAGUACUACGCCUGCCCGGUCUGCUGUAAAGAAUUCACCAGAAAGGACAAUAUGGUCGCCCACGUGAAAAUCAUACAUAGUCUUAAGCCGCACACGAGUCUCAGUAGCAGCAAUGGUGGCAGCAGCAGUAGCAACAUGGGCCAGCGGUAGACCACUGCUGUCGGUUGGGCGUCCUCUCGUUCUGCCUCCUCUUUCGGGCUGCGUUUUCUCACCCUCGCGCAAAGUAUAUCGCGAUAGACUUUCAAUCAUUUAUCUUACAACAAGGUUCUCAUAUAUUAUCAAAAGGCUUUCAUAUACCCAGUGAUUAACGAUAGCGAAAACUUUAAUACCAAGAUUCUAAAAGUUUACAGUGCUGUAGAUUGUAAUAUCAAAAGAGAAACCAUAUAAGAACUGGCUACAUUCGUGGGAGAACAUCAAUACAGGCGGGGCCUGUUGCGCUUGCCAAAAAGAGAGGAAGGAGGAGGUAGAAGAACUCGAGGAAAAUGCGAGGAAAGCGCCGGUUGAAGCGUCUCUAAUAAGGUCAAUGCGCUCCCGCGAAUGGAAAGAAAGGAAGACGAUAGAUAGAUAUGUGUAAGCGAUAGACAAAUAUAUAGGUAGGCAAGUGACCGAUCUUGAAAUGGCUACAACGGAAUAGCUAGAAAGAAUAUGCGGAAAUGGGGAUGCAAGAUUUUAGCUAUGAAUGUCAUCGUCAGCAGCACUCGUGUUUCUUUUCGGUUUUCGCGCAAGCGUUUUUACUAAAACAUUUUUCCGGUGCGCAAAUCAACUGUCUGAGCGUUGAUAUCAAGUUUAUGGUGAAACAUUUUAUAAAACACAUGUUUCAUCGUUUUUUAAUAUUACAUGACAUAUCAUAGUUCGAUAUCCUGGUAUCAUAUCUAUCAUAUCUAUAUAUCCUUGGAAGAAUCAAUCUUGGAUGUCAUAUAUGCAUAGAUAUAAAACGCUUUUCUAUCUUCCAAAUUGCAAAAUCUUUUUGGAAACAUUUUACAGAUACGAUGUUAUCGUUCAAACAGUUGAUAGAGCUAUUCUAUUAGAUUGCACUGACGCUGCGUAACGUCUGCGAAUACGAGGUGCGGGUCUGACCAAGUCCAGUACAACAAAUUCGAGCAAUUACCAAAGCAAUUUCUACGAAUACUUAACGAGGAUAUAUUGGCGAACAAUUAAUUAAUGUCUUCAAUGGUAUCUUCGGUUACCCUUUUAUAGGCAAUUUUCAUUGCUCGUCAAUAUGCAUUCUACCCCUGAAUUUUAUCUCUGCUCCUGGUCCUGAUCCCGGUUCCAGUGUUAGUUCUAGUUGUCCUUUCAAUCUUUGUGCCUUCGAGGACCCAUAGUGCACACAAUUUGUCGCGUUACGUAACGUCCAUCUUUUCUCGAAAAAUCGCAAUCAUAGCUCUAGCAGCGCCGAAAAUUCCAAAAAGCCGAAAGGAAACUGUGUGCACGUAACAAACAAACGGGCAUUAAAGUUACGAAACGAAUGAGCUUUAUUAUCGCGCUCGCUUUGAGUAGAAAGGGCGAGCCGACUGUAAAAAUGGGGGACAGAAGAGGCUUUGUACUAUCGUAAAUGUACAUGAUGAAUUUAUAUACCGAUGCGCUCGUUUCAAUGCGUUGUACAGCAAUGUGGCUACAGUUGUAAAAGCAGGGGGCAAAAAUGCAAGCGAAAAAGAAGGAAGAGACGUCGAGUAAAUCCAAAUCAACGCAGAGACAGAAGAGAGAGAGAGAGAGAGAGAAAGAAAAAGUAUAUUUAUUAUUGC